AAGUGGAAGUUGAGUCGUUCAACAGGAAAAGAGUCAUUUCCACUUUUCAGCCAAUUUGAUACCACUAAACCCUAAAUAUAUCCUAUCCUGAUUCAUUAAAUAGAAAAAUAUAUUUAUUUACUUACCGUAGCAUCCAAGGCCGCCUUUGCUUGCGCCCCCUCUAUAUAUGUCGCUAUUCCUGAAUGUAACUGGGAACUAAAAAAUAAAAGAAUCUCUCUUUGCUGCAUGUCUUCUCUGUUUUGAUCCGUCUGUCCCCAUCUAUCUACAUCAACAACCUUAACCGCCGAGUUUCCACCUGCUCAUUCUAUCCAAGAUGAAGCCCCAUUUCCCUGACUGGUACUCACCAGAGACUGGAAUCUGUCACAGCAAGCACCCAUCGGUAUUACUUCCAAAUGACCCAUUUCUUGAUGUAGUUUCCUUCAUCUUCUCUCACCAACACCAUGGACUCUCUGCUCUCAUUGAUUCCUCAUCUGGGUUUUCAAUUUCUUACUCAAAGUUGUUUCCUUUAGUCAACUCAGUGGCUUCUGGUCUCCGUAAAAUGGGUGUCUCACAGGGUGAUGUUGUUCUGUUUUUGUUGCCGAACUCCAUUUAUUUUCCUAUUGUGUUCUUGGGUGUUUUAUAUCUUGGUGCAAUUGUAACCGCCACGAAUCCAUUUAGUAGUGUGCAAGAAAUUGAAAAACAAGCCACUGAUUGCAAUGUGUGUUUUGCUUUUGCUGUGAAGGAAAACCUCAUUAAACUAAAGGCAUCGGGUAUUCCUGCUGUUAUUGUACCGGAAAAUGUCGAUUCCGAACCAAAUGAGUUUUCAGCUUUUUAUGAGCUUAUAUAUGGUAAUUUUGAUCCGACUCCUAUGCCUUUGAUUAGGCAACAAGACACUGCAGCAAUCAUGUUUUCGUCUGGUACUACUGGGGUUAGCAAAGGAGUAGUAUUAACACAUAGGAAUUUUAUAGCUGCAGUGGAGCUUUUUGUGAGGUUUGAAGCUUCACAAUAUGAGUAUUCCAGUUCAAAGAAUGUUUAUUUGGCUGUUUUGCCAAUGUUUCACAUAUAUGGAAUGACUCUUUUCGUUACGGGAUUGUUGUCACUGGGUACAAGUGUUGUCGUAAUGAGGAAAUUUGAUGUAGAUGAAAUGGUGAAAGCAAUUGAUAAGUAUAGAAUUACUCACUUCCCAACUGUUCCACCAGUCUUGAUUGCAUUGACAAAGAGAGUGAAAAGUGUUUGUGGAAAUUUAUGUAAGAGUUUGAAGCAGGUGUCCUCUGGGGCUGCCCCAAUAUCUGGGAAAGAUAUAGAGGAAUUUGUUCAGACUCUUCCUCAUGUUGAUUUCAUUCAGGGUUAUGGCCUGACUGAAUCAACAGCAGUCGGGACUCGUGGCUUCAAUACGGAAAAAUGCCGAAAAUAUUCAUCUAUAGGACUUCUGGCUCCAAACAUGCAAGCCAAAAUAGUGGAUUCUGUAACUGGAGCUUCCAUGCCUCCAGGCAGUUGUGGUGAGCUUUGUCUAUGGGGACCUGGAACCAUGAAAGGAUACUUCAAAAACAUAGAGGCUACUCUGUCGACGAUCGACAAUGAUGGUUGGCUGCAUACUGGUGACAUAGGUUACAUUGAUGAAGAUGGUUACCUCUAUAUAAAUGACCGCUUGAAAGAGAUGAUAAAGUAUCGGGGAUUUCAGAUUGCUCCUGCUGAUUUAGAGGCUGUAUUGACUUCCCAUCCAGAGAUAAUUGAUGCAGCAGUAACCGCUGCCACUGAUGGAGAAUGUGGAGAGAUACCGGUGGCUUUUGUUGUUAGGAAGCAAGGAAGCAAACUUAACCAUGGAGCUGUUAUCGACUAUGUGGCUAAGCAGGUUGCUCCUUAUAAGAAGGUAAGAAAGGUGGCGUUUGUACAGUCAAUACCAAAGUCCGCUGCUGGAAAGAUCCUUCGACGAGUGCUCAGAAACUCCAUCACUUCAAGCCUUUAAGACUUCUUUCUCAGGGAAAGUAAGAUUUCAGAUUUGCAGUAGCCCCAGAAUAGUGUCUUGGCAUGAAACAGAGAUAUGUAGUGGUGUUGUGAAGCAAAUAGUCUAUUGAAGUUAGCAAAAUAACAUGCAACACAUACAAGUUUCUUGACCUAACUUUUAGGUAAUUGGUAUUGAAGUAACCAUGUAACAUAAGAUUGUAACGACCACCAAAAAGAAUUGGAGAAUUUGAGCAUUUUUUCAGUUGUGUUCUGAUAUCAAAUGAAAGCCUUAUUCA